UUAUAUUCUACAGCGCCCCUUUAUAUUCUGGAGCAAAAGCUGCAGAGGUUAACAAAGCGGCCACACUCGACCAAAUGAUGCCUUCGCUCCGAUCGCCGUCUCUAAACCUAAUUCAUCUUCUCCGGCCAUGUCUCCUCCUCUGCUCGCUUUCCUCUCUCUCUGCCUCCGUCGUCACCCACCUCCCUGGCUACGAGGGAACUCUUCCCUUUCAUUUGGAGACGGGCUAUGUCUCAGUGGACGAACAAAGGGGAGCGGAGCUGUUCUACUAUUUCGUAAGGUCGGAGGGAGAGCCGGAGGACGAUCCCCUCCUUCUUUGGCUUUCAGGUGGCCCCGGAUGCUCUUCCUUCUCUGCUUUAGCCUUUGAAGUUAUCUUUGUAGGUCCGGUAACAUUUACAACUAAGGAAUAUGAUGGAAAUUUGCCUAAACUAGAACAACGUACAUAUGCUUGGACCAAAAUUGCAAAUAUCAUUUUUGUAGAUUCCCCUGUUGGGACUGGUUUUUCCUUCAUCAAAAACCCUGUUGCUUAUGAUGUGGGGGAGAGGACUUCUAUAGCAUAUCUCUAUGAUUUCCUUAUAAAGUGGUUGAUCGACCACCCCCAAUUUUUCUCUUGUCCUCUAUACAUUGUUGGAGAAUCACAUGCGGGGAAGAUUGCUCCAGCUGUUGCUCAAUUAAUAGCCGAAGGUAUUAGUUCUGGGAAACAACCACUUCUCAAUCUCAAGGGCUACCUUCUUGGCAAUCCAUUCACUGGGGAAAGUAUUGACAUAAAUUCUCGUGUACCAUUUGCUCAUGGAAUGGGGAUCAUAUCUGAUGAGUUCUACAAGAUGUUACAAAAAAAUUGCCAAGGCCAAGACCACAGAUAUCCUACAACUGCGGGGUGUGCUACCAAUAUAAAAACUUUUGAAGAGAUUUGCACUGAGAUUAGUAUGUUCUAUAUAUCGGAUCCUCUCUGUGGUGAUGAUUCCCCAACACAACUUUCAGUAGGCAAGAAUACAAGAUCAUUGCUGGAGGAGCAUAUGGGUUUACUUAACCCACCAUCUCCUCCUGAUUUUAUAUGUAGAGGUUAUGCUUAUUAUCUCUCAUACUUUUGGGCGAACAACAAUCUAACACAAGAGGCACUACAUGUCAAGAAGGGAACCGUGGCAGAAUGGUUCAGGUGCAACCAUUAUCUCAGAUAUAACUUGUUCAAAUAUGACCUCCCAAGUAGCUUGCAGUAUCACCUUAAUCUUACUCGUGCAGGUUAUCGAGCUUUGGUUUUCAGUGGGGAUCAUGACAUGUAUGUGCCAUUUCUUGGCACUUAUGCAUGGAUAAAAUCUCUCAGUUAUCCUGUUGUGGAAGAAUGGAGAUCAUGGCAUGUUGGAGGACAAGUUGUUGGGUACACAAAAUCAUAUUCCAACAAUUUGACAUUUGCAACUAUUAAGGGUGCUGGGCAUGAAGCUUGCUCAUACAAGCCUAAGGAGUGUUUUGCCAUGUUCCAGAGGUGGAUUUCUGACCAGUCUCUAUGACGAUGAGGAAGAGGUAGCUUAUAUUGUCAAUUUGAAUAUUGAUGUGUAAAAUUAAUUUCAUGAAAAUAAAAUGUUGAGAUAUAUUGGUAUUUAAAAGAUAUUGUAGGGAAAGAUAUUUUAAGUCAAUUUGUAAUUUUAUAAUUGAGUCUCCUAUUGUUGUAUAUGGUGGAAAAGAUGCUUACAAUAUAUUCUAUGACAUUAAUAAAAGGAAAUCAAAUAACUUCGAUUUGCAGCAAUAUAAGUCAA